AUGCGCGCAGUCUUUCGGAGGGCCGAUGGCGUGAAAUGCCCACUGCCGCCGUGCCCGUGUAGCGCCGGAGAGAGACUCGCACGACCCGGUGCCGUUCAACGCCCGCCCGCCCGCCCGCAGAGCCGCACGGUGAGGUCCGACCCGAGGAGGCCGAUGUCUGUGGCCAAAGCCAAACACACGGUCCCCAACCCGGUGAUCCCGUACACGGGGCCCAUACCCGGAGGCCUGCACCCCGGGGAGAUCAUCAUCAUCCAGGGCACCGUGCCCCCGGACGCUGACAGGUUCCAGGUCGACCUGUCCAGCGGCUGCAGCACCAAGCCGCGCUCCGACGUCGCCCUGCGCUUCAGCCCCCGCUUCGAGGGCUCCCCCCGCGUGGUGUGUAACUCCCUGCUGCGGGAGAGCUGGGGCGAGGAGCAGACGCUGCACCAGCUGCCCUACAAACGCGGGGCGCCAUUCGAGACCAUCAUCCUGGUGCACCAGGACGUCUUCAAGGUGGCAGUGAACGGAACUCACCUGCUGGAAUACAAGCACAAGAUGCCGCUGGGCCGGGUGGACACCUUCUCUAUUUCUGGGAAAGUCAGGGUGCACGCUAUUGGCUACAUCCCAAACUCGGCAAUAUAUUCAGAAUCAGGUGACUUGAGCCUCCCGUACAAAGGCAGCGUCCUCAAAGGACUGAGCCCCGGGCAGCACAUCACGAUCAAAGGACAGGUCAGCAUGUACCCCCACAGUUUUACCGUGAACCUCCGCAGCAGCAGGACGGAGAACAUCGCGCUGCACCUGAACCCGCGCAUGAAGUCGGGCGCGUUCGUCAGGAACUCGUACCUGAGUGAGUCCUGGGGGCAGGAGGAGCGCGAGCUGCCCUUCUUCCCCUUCUCGCCGGGGGAGUACUUUGAGGUUCUCAUCCUGUGUCAGCCUCACCAGUUCAAGCUGGCGGUGAACGGCUCGCACUUGUUCGAGUUCCGGCACCGGGCGCAGGACCUGAGCGCCAUCGACCAGCUGGAGAUCAUGGGCGACCUGGAGCUCGACGACGUGAAGCUGUGGUGACCUGGGGGGGGGGGGGGGGGCGGGGCGGGGGUGCGACUCUCGGGACGGCCAGGGGUGGGUUUUCUGGUCAGCGAUGGCUAGAUUAGCGUAGUCACAAUGACCCCCCCGCCGCCUCCCCAAAUGGAUGCAUGUCGUUGCGCUGACCUGGGGUCAGGUCAGCAUUUUGGUGACCGACGACCACGAACAGGCCGUCGCAUGGCGCGUUGCGGCCCAUGUGUCCGCCCCGCCAGACCAACCUCUGUGCUCCGAUGCGCCCCUGAUGACCUGUAGAGUAAAACGUGGCCAAUGCCGGCUCGGGUUAAAGGCCGGGACAGACCGCCGGUAUAAUUGGAGGCUCCAUGCUUUUUUGGAGAAAGCGCGAUGUAGAGUUACUUACUGUAUAGAUGAUUUCAAAAAGCUUGUAAAAAUGUCUCAUUACAUUCUGUAUUUUUCAAUCUGCUUUAAAAAGGUCUGAAUCCUCGGGAUUCUUCAGCGUGGGAAAGCCUCCUGUGCAACUUGACAUUUACAUUUAUUUAACAUAUAAUGGUGCAGCUGAACUCAAGCACAGUGUAGUACAGGGUCAGUUUAAAGCAUAAUUAUUUCAAUAACCUAGUGAAUGACAUGUUGCAAGCUGUAGAAUAUAGUACAAUCCUGCAUCGGCAAAAUAUCUUGUAUCAAGGAAAAGAAAAUCUGUGAUAUUUCUUUUCUGAUGUUUUUUUUUGCAUUCUGUUGUAAAAUUUGUAUUUAAAAAAAAAAACGUGCCUAUGUAUCAUAAAUGAUUUAAUAAUAAAUAAAUGUCAUCAUUCCACUGUU